AUGCUCCUUGCAUUGGGGGUCUGUGGGAAGAAUGUUCCUUACAUUGGUGGCCAGUGGGAAGAAUGUCCCUUACAUUGGGGUCAUUGGGAAGAAUGUCCCUCACAUUGGUGAUCAGUGGGAAAGAAUGUUCCCUACAUUGGGGGUCUGUGGGAAGAAUGUUCCCUACAUUGGUGGUCAGUGGGAAGAAUGUCCCUUACAUUGGUGGUCAGUGGGAAGAAUGUCCCUUACAUUGGUGGUAAGUGGGAAGAAUGUCCCUUACAUUGGUGAUCAGUGGGAAGAAUGUCCCUUACAUUGGUGAUCAGUGGGAAGAAUGUCUCUUACAUUUGUGGUAAGUGGGAAGAAUGCCCCUUACAUUGGCGAUCAGUGGGAAGAAUGUCCCUUACAUUGGUGAUCAGUGGGAAGAAUGUCCCUUACAUUGGGGGUCAGUGAGAAGAAUGUCCCUUACAUUGGGGGUCAGUGGGAAGAAUGUCCCUUACAUUGGUGAUCAGUGGGAAGAAUGUCCCUUACAUUGGGGUAAGUGGGAAGAAUGCCCCUUACAUUGGUGGUCAGUGGGAAGAAUGUCCCUUACAUUGGGGGUCAGUGGGAAGAAUGUCCUUACA